CCCCGACCACCGCCUCGCCACAGAGCUCCCCGCCUUCGGGGCCCUUUUCUCCUCGCCGCGCCCGACCCCGGCCCCCGCCUCGAUGAGGUUCGGAUCCAAAAUGAUGCCGAUGUUUCUUACAGUGUACCUCAGUAACAAUGAGCAGCACUUCACAGAGGUACCUGUCACACCAGAAACAACAUGCAGAGAUGUAGUGGAACUAUGUAAAGAACCUGGAGAGAGUGACUGCCAUUUGGCUGAAGUGUGGUGUGGUUCAGAGCGUCCUGUAGCUGACAAUGAGCGGAUGUUUGAAGUUCUGCAGAAGUUUGGAGCACAGAGAAAUGAAGUUCGUUUUUUCCUUCGCCAUGAACGCCCCCCUAAUCGGGAUCUGGUAAACUGCCAGAGGUCUCAGGAUCCAAGUCUAAAAAGGAAUGGAGUAAAAGUUCCUGGUGACCGAAGAAUUGAGAAUGGCAUUAAUAGUCCCAGAAUGGAUAUGACUCUUGCUGAACUACAGGAAAUGGCAUCACGCCAACAGCAACAAAUUGAGGCUCAACAGCAAAUGCUGGCUACCAAGGAACAGCGCUUGAAGUUUCUUAAGCAGCAAGAUCACCACCAGCAGCAGCAAACUGCAGAACAAGAAAAACUUAAAAGACUGAAAGAGAUUGCAGAGAACCAGGAAGCCAAGUUGAAGAAAGUGAGAGCUCUUAAGGGUCACGUGGAGCAGAAAAGACUCAGUAAUGGAAAACUAGUGGAGGAAAUUGAACAGAUGAAUAGUUUGUUCCAACAAAAACAGAGGGAGCUGGUAGUAGCUGUGUCAAAGGUAGAGGAGCUCACAAGACAGUUAGAGAUGCUGAAGAAUGGCAAGAUUGAUGGCUACCAUGACAACCAAUCUGUUGUAGCUGAGCUCGACCGACUCUACAAGGAGUUGCAGCUGAGGAACAAAUUGAAUCAGGAACAGAAUGCCAAGCUGCAACAACAGAGGGAGUGUUUGAACAAGCGUAACUCAGAGGUGGCCAUCAUGGAUAAGCGUGUUAAUGAGCUGCGCGACCGCUUGUGGAAGAAGAAGGCAGCCUUGCAGCAAAAAGAAAACGUUCCAACUUCAUCUGAUGGAAACCUCCCCCAGCAAGUGGUGUCUGCUCCAAGUCGAGUGGCAGCAGUGGGACCCUAUAUCCAAUCUUCUACCAUGCCACGGAUGCCCUCCAGGCCUGAACUUCUGGUGAAGCCGGCAUUUCCGGAUGGUUCUUUAACCUUGCAGGCAUCAGAAAGUCCGCUGAAAACACAGACGCUGCCCAACAUGAGAACUGGAGCUGUUUCACAAACUAAAGGAACUAUAACUCCUAGUGCCCAAAUCUCUCAAGCUGACCCUGAUUGGAAUCAUUCAAAUGCAGAAAGCUUUCCUAGCCAAGGCUUAGCCUCUUUGAAUAAAAGUCCUAUGAAUUCUCCUGAGCAAGCUGAUGAUGAAGAUAUCCUUUUAAGAGAGAAAGAGAAGAAAGUGCGCCCCUUUUCAAUGUUUGAUACGGUGGAUCAAUCCACUGCCCCUCCAUCUUUUGGCACAUUGAGGAAAAACCAGAGUAGUGAAGACAUUUUGCGGGAUGCUCAGGCUGCCAAUAAAAAUGUGGCAAAAGUACCACCACCUGUGCCUACUAAACCCAAACAGAUAAAUCUGCCUUAUUUUGGACAAGCCACCCAGAUGCCUACAUUGGACACUAAAGCUGAUGGAAGUCUGCAGAAGCCACCUUUGUCUGUCUUAUCAGUGGGAAAUAAACCCAAACCAGGAGGACAGCAGCAAAAUCAUUCUGCUCAGCAGAUCCAUCAGAGAGUCUCUGUACCUCCCAAUGCACCUUCAUCCAGCCAGGACCAAGCCCUUGCUCCAAGUUCCAAGCAAGAGAGCCCACCUGCCGCAGCUGUCCGACCUUUCACCCCUCAGCCUUCCAAAGAGAUUCCUCUCCCACCCUUUAAAAAGCCACAGACUGUUGCAGCAAGCUCAAUAUAUUCCAUGUAUACACAACAACAGGCUCCAGGAAAGAACUUCCAGCAAGCAGUGCAGAGUGCUUUGACCAGAUCGCAUACCAGAGGGCCACAUUUUCCAAGUGUAUAUGGCAAGCCCGUGAUUUCUGGUGCUCAAAACCAACAGCAGCUUCCAGAGAAUAUCUAUUCCAGCAAUGUGGGCAAGCCAGACAGUCCAGAACCUGAAACAGAGCCCCCUCCAUCAUCUCAGGAGACCCAUGAAAAUGAACGAAUUCCUCGCCCUCUCAGCCCGACAAAAUUACUUCCUUUCCUUUCUAACCCUUAUCGAAACCAGAGUGAUGCCGAUUUGGAAGCCCUGCGGAAGAAACUCUCUAAUGCACCGAGGCCCUUGAAAAAACGGAGCUCUAUUACAGAGCCAGAAGGGCCAAAUGGGCCAAAUAUUCAGAAACUUCUGUAUCAGAGGACCACUAUAGCUGCCAUGGAGACUAUCUCUGCUCCAUCUUACCCCUCUAAGCCAGGCUCAGGGACUACCAGUCCUGAAAGCCCAGUAGAAAUCCAGAACCCAUAUCUGAGUUCAGAACCUGAGGCGGAAGUGGUUCCCCUUCCACCCGAACCGGUGCCCAGAGAGGAAGAAGAAAUGUCCAUUUUAGAAGAGAGCGAAGUAUCAGUUCCUUCAUUAGGCCUUGAUCCUGUGCCUGAGGGAAUGCCAGAUGAUAACUCACUUCUUCAGUCAGACAUGGCAGUACCCAAUCUAGAGGCCCCCCUCCGACUAGAAGUGUACCUGGAGGAGUACCCGCCGUACCCACCCCCUCCUUACCCAUCAGGGGAACCUGAAGGAUUGGGGGAGGACUUUUUAAACCUGCGCCCACCUGAGAUCACUGGACAGUUUUCUCUGCCUCCUGGCAAAAGAACAAAUUUACGUAAAACUGGCUCAGAGAGGAUUGCUCACGGAAUGAGGGUGAAAUUCAACCCCCUUGCGUUACUCUUAGAUUCAUCUUUGGAAGGGGAAUUUGACCUUGUGCAGAGAAUCAUUUAUGAGGUGGAAGAUCCCAGUCUGCCCAAUGAUGAAGGUAUUACAGCACUUCACAAUGCCGUUUGUGCAGGUCAUACAGAGAUUGUUAAAUUCCUGGUUCAGUUUGGUGUCAAUGUAAAUGCCGCUGACAGUGAUGGAUGGACCCCAUUACACUGCGCUGCAUCUUGUAACAAUGUUCAAGUGUGCAAGUUUCUGGUGGAGUCAGGAGCUGCUGUUUUUGCAAUGACCUAUAGUGAUAUGCAGACGGCUGCAGAUAAAUGUGAAGAAAUGGAAGAAGGCUACUCUCAGUGCUCUCAGUUUCUGUAUGGAGUUCAAGAGAAAAUGGGCAUAAUGAACAAGGGUGUCAUCUAUGCCCUGUGGGAUUACGAACCUCAGAAUGAAGAUGAGCUGCCCAUGAAAGAAGGCGAUUGUAUGACCAUCCUCCGCAGGGAAGAUGAAGAUGAAAUUGAAUGGUGGUGGGCCCGGCUUAAUGACAAGGAAGGAUAUGUACCACGGAACUUACUGGGGCUCUACCCAAGAAUUAAACCACGACAAAGGAGCUUAGCAUGAGACCACAGAGAAUUCCAGUUAUGAAGUACUAAUCGGUGUGUUAACACUAAAAAGAAGUAAUAAGUUUUGUGUAGACUACACUUUCACCAGGCUACAAUCUUUUGAGACUUAUUUCAGUGGCGAUGUAACUCUGAAGCAAUGAAAAAUGUGCUUUGCAAAUCAAUGAAGGAUCAACACACUCACUACUAGUAGCGGAUAUUCAGCAUGGAGGAACGAUGCUUACCAGCAAGUGGAGUGUGCUUCAUUUGGGUGAAGAUAUCUUCAGUUUCAGGAGGUGAACUGAAGCAACUUGCUUUCCCAAGUGGCAUUCACGGGGACAUAUCACAGCAUUCAACUUUACAUUUUCUGCUGAAGUACAUAAAUCUUUUUAUUUUAAUCACCUCGGUGAGAAUCAGAUUCACUUUCUACCUAGUUGUUUUUUCUCAGAAGCUGCCUUUGUUGUCAUUGGUUCUUUUUGGUCAUGCGUCUAUUAGAAGGAUCUAAAGUCACCUUAGCCUCCCUCCACUGAACCCAAAAACAUCAUUUUGUGAGCAGAACAUUUACUCAAGUAGCUGAAUUGAAGUUGUGAAGAUAGUAGUACUGACCGUCAACAGCAAAGACCCACUGACUAGCCUUCAGUGAGCAAUAACUUUAAGUGCGGUAGCAUUUUAGGAAUUACACAUAUUUGAAAUACUAUGCUACACUUCAGGUAAUUUAGAUUUAGAAUCUUCUUGUUUUAAACUGAAUUCUGUAUUUAUUGUCUUUUAUAACAUGGAAGUUUAUAUGUAGACACUUUCUGUAGACUCAGACUUAAAAUCUUUUCUGUUUUUUACUUUUUUGUUGUGAUAAAAUUAAAAUUUUAUCUUAGCUUUCAA